AUGGGCAAGCACGGAAAGCGCGGUGGUGGUGGAAGGGGCCGCAGGCCGGCGUCCAACGCCCGUACUCAGCGUCCUAACGGCGCCUCGUGGAACGACUUUGACACCGAGUCCAUGAAGAACAAGUCCUUCGAGGAGUACUACAAGGCGCAAAACAUUGUGCCCGAGGCCGAGUGGGAGGACUUCCUCAACAUCCUCCGCACCGAGCUGCCCACGACCUUCCGUGUUACCGGCUCGCGCGAGCACGCCGACACCAUCAACGGCCUCAUCAAGGACGUCUACGUCCCCACCAUGCAGGAGGUCGAGCUUGAGGGUGUCAAGUACGCUGCUCCCAAGCCCAUCGAGUGGUACCCCAACCAGUUUGCGUGGGAGGUGUCUGCGCCCAAGCGCGUUGUCCGCAAGCAGCCUGCCUUCAAGACCUUCCAGCGUUUCCUCGUCGGCGAGACCUCGGUUGGAAACCUCAGCCGUCAGGAGGCCGUCUCGAUGAUCCCCCCUCUCCUCAUGGACGUUGAGCCCCACCACUACUGCCUGGACAUGUGCGCCGCCCCCGGCUCCAAGACCACGCAGAUCAUCGAGGCUCUCAACCCCUACCACACAGAGUCGACCGGUAUGCUCAUUGCCAACGACUCGGACUACAAGCGCACCCACAUGCUUGUCCACCAGACCGGCGGCCGUAUGCCCACCAAGGGCCUUAUUGUCACCAACCUCGAUGCCACCAUGAUUCCCAACAUUAGCCUCGGCGAUGGCGAGACCCUCAAGUUUGACAGGAUAUUGGCCGACGUCCCCUGCUCGGGUGACGGUACCAUGAGGAAGAACCUCGAGAUCUGGAGCAAGUGGUCGCCUUACGACGGUGCCUCGCUCCACGUUAUCCAGCUCCGCAUCCUCGACCGCGCCAUGGCCAUGCUCAAGCCUGGUGGCCGUCUCGUCUACUCGACUUGCUCGUUCAACCCCACCGAGAACGAGGCCGUCGUUGCUGCCGCCCUCAACGCUCACCCUGGAGAGUUCCACAUUGUCGACGUUGCCGACAAGCUCCCCGCCCUCAAGCGCCGCCCCGGGAUCAACUCUUGGAGGGUCUUCUCGCGCCCCAACGACGAGCUCGUCGAGCACGCUUCCUUCAAGGAGUACCGCACUGCCGUCGAUGCCAGCGCUGAGCGUGAGCAGGACAAGCUCAAGGGCAUGCCCGAGACCUGCUGGCCUCCCGCCAACGCCGCCGAGCUCAACCUCGAGCGCUCCCUCCGUCUCCUCCCCCACGACCAGAACACUGGCGGUUUCUACGUCUGUGUCCUUGAGAAGAAGGCUGCCCCCGAGGCCCCCGCCGCCAAUGCCACCAAGGUCGAGAAGGUCGACAUUGCCUCGCUCCCUACCCCCGACGAGGUUAUCGCCAUUGACGAGAAGGGAAGCCUGCCCCUCAAGCGCGCCGCUUCGCCUUCUGCCGAGGCCGCCGCUGCGCCCAAGAAGCUCCGCUCCGAGGCCACCAAGAAGGAGAAGCGUGACCUUCAGUUCCGCGAGGACCCCUUCUCGUUCGUCGACCCCACCCACGCCGAGAUCGACGUGCUCAAGGAGUGGUUCCAGCUCCAGGCCACGUUCCCCGAGAACAACCUCCUUGUUCGCAACGAGUACGGCAACCCGCUCCGCACCAUGUACAUUGUCAACGACACCAUCAAGAAGAUUGUCUUGAACAACGACUACACUCGUCUCCGCAUGAUCUCGGCCGGUGUCAAGACCUUUAUCCGCCAGGACAGCCAGCAGCGUACCGACAUCAAGUGCAAGUGGCGUGUCUCGGCCGACGGCAUCAGCGAGAUUCUCCAGCACGUCCCCACCGAGUCGGUCAAGGUUGCCCGCGUCGACGAGCUCCGCACCUUCCUCGAGGACAUGUACCCUCCCAUUGACAAGUUUGAGGAGCCCUUCAAGACCGACCUUGUCAAGGCCGACCUCGGCAACAUGCUUGUCAAGUUUGAGGCUGGCGAGGCCCAGGGCGGCAAGCUCACCCUCCCGCUCUACCUGCCCGUCUGGAAGGCCAAGCACUCCAUGUCACUCCUGGUCGACAAGCAGGAGAAGAGCGUUCUCUCCGAGCGCACUUUUGGCGAGGACAUUUGCAAGCCCGCCCCAAAGUCCACUCUCCCCGGUGGCACCCCUGCGCUUCCUAGCGGCGCCGUCACUCCCGUCGAGGGCACUGCCACCCCGGCCGAGGGCACCGAGACCCCCGUCGAGAACCCCGUCGUUGACGAGGAGGCUGCCCUGAACGCUUAG